GUAAAAUAACAUAUAUGCAACUAAAACAACUUCAAUCUACAUUAUGGAUCCCUUUCUGCCCAUUAUUGAUGACACAAGCACUUCCUACAAAAUUAAACAACAAAAAUAUUACAACUGCCUGUGUCACAUUAAUGAUUUCUUCUCAUAUAUUAUGCCAACCUUCAUCUUCUUUCAUCUUCUCUUUUAACAUCAAAG